CUAUCUCGACAGUCACCAUAACAUACGGGUGAGCACCUGAGAUGGCUAAUAUCUCGUCUCAGGGGUUACUUCUGGGUUCAUCACCUUGUCAAACAUGCGAUAUGUCUUCGGUUAAGACUUUUAUGUGCGUCCAGUGCAAUAGUCUGGCAUUUUGUGACUCUUGCCAGCUGAAAUUGGUGCCCCAUAUUCCUAGGGCUAUCGGUUAGGAAUAUUUCAAUUUAGGGAUAAUGUUGCAAUGUAAAAUCAUGGGCAAUAUCAAUCCGACUUCGAUCUUUCAACGUUUAUUCCUAAGUGCAAUAAGUUAAUACAAGAAAGUCUUGUCAAACUCCAAGCCGCAGCAUAUGAGCUAGGUCAAAAGCUUCCAGGUAGAACUGACCGGAACGCGGUAUACAUACAUGAACAUUCCUUUGUCUACAGCUAAAGGCCAGCUGCUAACAGGGCGGCCUCGUACAGGCCGACUCCCGAUACCUCUGACCACCAGCUCUCGUGGAGGAA